AUGCCAAUCUAAACUAAAAAAAAAUCAGAAUUUUUAUGUUAUAUAAUUUUAUAUCAUGCUCUCAAAGACAAUAAGGAUUAACUUAUUAAUAUUUUCAAUACAUAAACAAUUGAUUCAGAUAAUGAUCUCAUUUAUUUUGCUUUGAAGUAUACAUAUUUUAUCAUUUAAAUAGUAUGUGCUCAUAUUUGUCUACCAAAAACUAUUACAAAAUUUUCAGAUGCUUCUAUUAUGCUAGUAAUAAAAUGUCUAAAAUGAUUUAACCAUUUUUACCUCAAUUAAGAAAACGAUUCAUAAAAGAAUAAAAGAAAGGGUAUUGUAAUUUCUUAUUUGAUUUAGAUUUAUCGGAGAAGGAUCUAACUAAUAUUUAGCUGAUAUUGCAUGGGAUGGAGAUCUUGAGGCUUGUAUGCAGUUUAUAAGUUAAGAAUUAUGAGAAGAAUGAGAUGAGCAUUAAAU